AUGGUCUGGAACGACAACAACAUUGAAAUUGGAGGACGACCCGAUACAAACGGCGGUGCAAAUCUCUACAAGGGCAUGCUCGACGAAUUGGCGGUAUAUGACCGCGCGUUAACAGCGGCAGAAGUUGAGACGGUCAUGAACGCCAGAGAUAUAUUGACCGUGGAUGCCGCAGGCAAACUGACAAUGAUAUGGGGUGCGCUUAAGGCGAAAUAG